AUGGGUACGGAAUCCUCAUUAGGAUCAAAUUGUAGAGCUCUGAACAAGACUCCUACAUCAAAAACGAUACGCGCAACUGCAAAACACGAACUGCCGCUACCUUUCAUACCUUGUCUUCUUCAAACCACGCCAGAAGACUGCAUGCAGUCGUCUGGGGCACCACCUGACUGGGACGCCCUGACACAAAUAGGACAGUUACUCUGUAGCCGUUCCAGUCAUCGGACUAAUCAAUCGCCACUCAAGCGUGGAUAUGUUCGCCGACUCAGACGUGAAAAAUCAGAUGCGUCCAGCAUAGUGGUGGUAACAAGCUCGCAUCGCAUGCCGGAUUUCCAACCCUGCCAAGGAACUUCUACUACUUACCGCAAACUGAAUUUAGUGAGAUUGUUUGAGUACUAUUCCCGCAUAUUUAUUGUUACACAGUUUGGGCAUUGCCGUGGUUAUUUGGCUGCUCACGCCGCUUUGGGCUUGCGUGCUGGGAGGUUCUUUAUUCCUGAGAAGUCGAUGUCCUCAGCUGAGUACCAAGCCUCCAUAAAUUCACGUUCCUUCUGUUCAUGCUUAGGCUGGUAUGUAGACACUAGAUCAGUCGAAUUCACGUCCGUCCUAGACAGAAUCAAGACCACUGGAAUUCACACUCAAGCCGAAGAUGAAUCAGCAAGUCAGAGGGCCGAAACGGGUAACGCAUGA